UUAAUCUGUGACCGACACUAUAUGAGUGGUGCGCUGUCUUACCACCUAGGAAAUACAAUUGGUUGUUAGAAAACGAUAAAAAUGGUUAAAACAACAGAAUUUUUUGAUUGAACAAUCCUCUCUUCUAUAUUCAAACUUUUCAUUCAACGUCAUAUAUCACUCUUGAUGUCAAAUGUUUGUGUCUGCGUGUGGAAACUCAUAGCUCAGUUCCAACAGAUUUCAGUAUAUGUACAUAAAACUAGAAUAUAAUGGGUGCAGAUUCCUAAAUUUGGGCUAUCUUUAAUCGUUGCUUUGUACAUGGCAAUGGCAGCAAGUAGUGUGGUAGUCACACUUGAUCGCCCCGACAACAUCUCUCUGAUAAACAUGAACGACAUGAAUCUUGAAUCAACAAGAUUCCAUGAAAAACAGAAAGCCGCAAGCCCCAAGCAGUUCAGUUGGGUGCUUCUGCUCAAACUGCAGAGGAUCCUAGCUUGCAUUCCACGGGCGGCAACGAGCUCGUGGGCAGUUCUCGGGUCGAUCAAGAGGCGCGUGGCCUCCUCGGAUCCGGAGGAUCCGAGGUACAGAGGCAGAUUGUACAUGUUCAUCAAGGCAUUCCUUGCACUCUCAGUGAUGGCCCUGGUGGUGGAAAUCUUUGCCUAUUUCAAGGAUUGGGAUUUGAGCAUUCCACAUUCAUGGGAGGUUGACAGCCUUGUGCAGUGGUGCUACAUGUCUUGGAUGAGUUCGAGAACGGACUAUGUUGCUCCUCUGGUUGUUGCUCUCUCGAGAUUCUGCCUCGUCCUCUUCGUGAUCCAGUCGUUGGAUCGCCUCUUGCAGUGCUUGGGCUGCUUCUGGAUUAAGUUCAGGAAGGUGAGGCAGAGUGAUGUGGAGGAUGAUGGAGCAAGUUUUCAUCCCAUGGUUCUUGUUCAGAUUCCUAUGUGCAAUGAGAAAGAGGUGUAUGAGCAGUCAAUUGGCGCUGCUUGCCAACUGGACUGGCCCAAGGACCGGUUUCUCGUGCAGGUGCUGGAUGAUUCGGACGAUGAGCUGCUGCAGCAUCUGAUAAGGGAUGAAGUGGUGUCGUGGAGGGAGAAAGGGGUGAAUGUAGUUUACAGGCACCGGUUUCUGAGGAGCGGUUACAAAGCCGGCAACCUCAAAUCCGCCAUGGCCUGCGACUAUGUGAAGGACUACGAAUUCGUUGUGAUAUUUGAUGCAGACUUCCAGCCCAACCCUGACUUCCUCAAACUAACACUGCCCCAUUUUAAGGGGAAGCCUGAUAUAGGGCUUGUUCAGGCGCGUUGGUCGUUCGUGAACAAGGACGAGAAUUUGCUGACGAGGCUCCAGAACAUCAACCUAUGCUUCCAUUUCGAGGUGGAGCAGCAAGUCAAUGGCUAUUUCCUCAAUUUCUUCGGCUUCAAUGGGACUGCCGGGGUGUGGAGGAUCAAGGCCUUGGAGGACUCUGGCGGCUGGCUUGAACGGACAACUGUCGAGGACAUGGACAUAGCUGUCCGAGCUCACUUGCACGGAUGGAAAUUCGUGUUCCUCAACGACGUCAGGGUGCUCUGUGAGCUCCCGGAGUCGUACGAGGCCUAUAAGAAGCAGCAGCACCGUUGGCAUUCCGGGCCCAUGCAGCUCUUCAGGCUAUGCCUCCCUGCAAUCUUAACUUCCAAGAUAUCUUGGUGGAAGAAGGCCAAUUUGAUCUUCCUAUUCUUUCUGCUGAGGAAGCUUGUGCUCCCUUUCUACUCAUUCACGCUCUUCUGCAUCAUACUGCCACUAACCAUGUUCAUACCCGAGGCUGAGCUGCCGGCUUGGGUGAUCUGCUACGUGCCCAUCAUCAUGUCGAUCCUCAACAUCCUGCCCGCGCCAAGAUCCUUCCCCUUCCUCGUGCCAUACCUACUCUUCGAGAACACAAUGUCUGUCACAAAAUUCAAUGCCAUGAUCUCGGGGCUGUUCCAAUUGGGGAGCGCGUACGAGUGGGUGGUGACAAAGAAAACCGGGAGGGCAUCAGAGUCGGACCUGCUGAGCCUCGCUGAGAGGGAAUGUAAGAGUCAGACGGAGGAGAAGAUCCAACGCAGACCGUCUGAAUCCGGGCUAGAGAUGCUGGGGAAACUAAACGAGCACCAGCUUGUGAAGAAGAGGAGGAACAGGAUUUAUAGGAAGGAGCUUGCACUUGCUUGCCUUCUGCUCACUGCAGCAGCAAGAAGCUUGUUGUCUGCUCAUGGGAUUCAUUUCUAUUACUUGCUGUUUCAAGGGAUGUCUUUCUUCAUUGUUGGUAUGGAUUUGAUUGGGGAGCAGCUUAGUUGAAUCAUCAUGCUUAUACUUUUCCCAGUUCUAAAUAAGUCACUUUUGAACUGGAUUUUUUUUUAAUCAUAGUUUUAGCAAAGAUAUAGAUACGAUUCUUUUAAUUGUAUGAUACCAGUGUUUGGGAAUAUUGAUAUACAGUUUCUAAGUUGGGAUUUUCAUUCC